AGAUGGCUUCAGACAAGAAGGUUCUAACUUUCGAAGAAGUUUCACAGCACAACAAAACCAAGGAUUGUUGGCUUAUUAUCUCCGACAAGGUUUAUGAUGUGACCCCAUUCAUGGAUGAUCAUCCUGGAGGCGAUGAAGUCUUGUUGUCCUCAACAGGGAAAGAUGCAACGAAUGAUUUUGAGGACGUUGGUCACAGCGACGCCGCGAGGGACAUGAUGGAGAAAUACUACAUCGGUAAGAUCGAUUCGUCUACUGUUCCAGCGACAAGGACAUACGUUGCACCAGCACAACCGGCGUACAACCAAGACAAGACACCAGAAUUCAUUAUCAAGAUCCUGCAGUUCCUUGUCCCAAUCUUGAUCUUGGGUCUGGCUCUUGUCGUCCGUCAAUAUACCAAGAAAGAC